AAAUAAAAGAUCCUCCCGCCUUCCCCUAAAACCUAAUAAACAUCAAAAACCUCCAGAGAAGACAAAUUUCUUGAAACCCAAAUGGAAUCUAAGAGAAAUGGAGCUUCCAAUCUACCCCCAAAGCGAAAAAACACCCAUAAGUCUGCUCAAUUGCCUUCCACUUCAGUUAAAGAUUCAAGAAUCCCUGUUUUGCCAGAAGAGCUCGUCACUCAAAUCCUCUUACGGCUUCCGGUGAAAUCCCUUUUGAAAUUCAGGUCAGUUUCAAAAUCUUGGCUUGGUUUAAUCUCAAACCCUGAAUUUAUCAACACCCAUCUCAGCAAAUCUGCAAAUAACAAGGAUUUCACUCACCAUAGGUUUAUGUUGAGUUUUUGUCUACCUAAGUAUAAUCUUAAGGACUGUUCUGCUAGUUCUUUGCUUUAUGACUCUGUUGCUGAGGCAUUAGAUUUGGAGUACCCUACGAAAGAAAUCCGUAGAUCUGUUGAGAUUGUGGGUUCUGUCAAUGGGUUAAUAUGUCUUGUCAUUGCAAAAAAAUAUUUUCUUAUCUGGAAUCCAUCAAUUAGGAAGUUCAAGAAAUUGCCUGAAUGUAGAGAUGAGUUGUGCUUUGGUCACCAUUCCAUGUAUGGUUUUGUAUAUGAUGAGGUUCAUGGGGAUUAUAAGGUAGUGGCAGGGUUUAAUAAUGAGGGGUAUGGCUAUUCAUUUCUUGUUAAGGUUAAAAUGUAUAGUCUGAAUAGUGAUUCUUGGACAAGUUUGGAGGAUUUUGAGAGUGGGGUGCUAGGAACUAAGUCGGGUGUGUUUGUGAACGGGAAACUUCAUUGGGCUAAUAGUGUUUAUCGUCGGUCUGGUUGGGAUAUCAUUUCUGUUGAUUUGGCUGAUAGGACAUGGGGAGAAGUGGAGCAACCUUACUAUGGAGAAGGAGAUUUUGGUUGGACACUGGGAGUUUUGGGAACUGAUCUUUCAGUGUUUUCUAAUUAUCGAAGAAUUCAGGCUGACGUGUGGGUUUUGAAGGAGUAUGGGGUUAAAGAAUCUUGGAUAAAGAUGUUUACCAUUGAUAUUCCUUGUGAUCCUAGGAUGGGUUAUAAGUUUUGUCAAUUCUUUUGCAUGUCAAAUAAAGGUGAAGUUUUGUUUCAUUUUGGCUCUACUUUCAUGAUUUAUAAUGCAAAGGAUCACUCAAUCACCCAUAGAAGCCCUCAUCUAGAGGUUACUGGCUAUGAUUAUGAGGCAAGCAUCUACAUAGAAAGCCUAGUUUGGCCUUUUUUUCAACGGAAGGAAUCAAGGAUGCAACAACGGAGGAGAUUGAAAUAGCUCUGAUGAAGACAAUUGUGUGAUUAAUAGACGUGAAUGCUGAUGCUAGGAACAACUAAUCUACUACUAGUUGUCUGAAAGGAUUGCAAUGAGGAAGGAUGGCUUUUCUCUGUUUUUACUGUUUCUUAUUUUUGGGUCCUAACGUUAUUUCCUUGUGCGUAGAGCAAGACUUCACAUACGCUGGCUAGCUAAUUGCAUAUCACAUUUUGUUGGUUCCUUGUCAUUUUGUUGCUAUAAAUUAUGAUAACGUACUUGAAAUGAAAUGAGACUAGCAUUAUUAUUCCAAUGAAGCUUCUUUUUUACAAA